AGUAUGUAAUGCGCAAUGUUCUACCUUAUUAGCAUACUUAACAUAUAUUAUUUGCACUUGAAUUAUACAUUUGUAGAUUAUAUUAAUAUAGAAUUUGCGACUCUUUUUGUAGGAAGUUUAUCGUUCUUUGCAAUACUGCUAAUCUUAGUAGUGGCCGGCACGUUUGCUCAGUUCGGUAGAAGCGGCAAUUGUCCAAUGAAAAACACCGUGACUAGUUGUGCCCCUAGAUGCACAAGUGAUGAACUAUGCCCUUCCAAUCAAAAAUGCUGCCCUAAUAAAUGCGGUCAUAGAUCGUGUGCCUCAGCAGGUGCCAUUAAUACCGGCAACGAUGGUGGAUACAAAGGCUCGAGUAAUCAAGCUGUUUACUGCAAUGGAGUAAAAUGUGCCGCGUACGAAAAGUGCCAGUAUGACCGCAAUACUAGGCGUGACAAAUGCACACGCACUUAAUUACUUUUCACAUUAAAACCAAGAGUUUUAAUAACUUUCACUGAUAAAUUUUUUUGCAAAACUAGAGAUUAUAUGCCAAAACAUCUUACAAAAAGAAAUUGUAAAUGUACACACGGUCACAGGAAUGCCUUAACACAUGAACUUGCACGAGUGUGAAUUCACAAGCCAAUUCAAAUGUGCCUUGACACUCGUUGACAAAUUCAUGUGUUAAUGAUCCAACUCAUGCAAAAAGUAAAAAAUAGGCUGAUUAAAUAAUAAAAUUUUGUUCUACUGGUUUAAUCAAGAGCAAAAUACAGCUUUAUAUAGUUUAGAUAACACGCGUGUGCAAAAAACAUCGCCAAAAAUAAUUGAGCUUAUUUCCUUUGCUUUAUAUAUUGCGCUUAUAUUCAAUCAAAUGCUUGUACGUCACGGAAUUAAUGAUUAAAAAAUUAAAUAAUGCAUGCCAACA